UAAAAGGGGAAAUUCAAAGCACCAAAGCACACAGAAAGGAAGAAGAACAGGAAGGCAUUUCAGAACUGAAGUUGAGCCAGCCGAGCAGCAAAACAGACUGGGACUGAGGCUUUGCUUGCCAAUAUCCCAGUGGCUGGAGAUUCAAGUUCCGCUGUUAUCCACUUUGAUUUCUUGGAUUUCCUUGAAUCGAAGCAACAUAAAAGGACUUUUCUUUCUUUGAUUUAUUGAGGGCACCUAACCACAAGCCCUUAUCAACCUCUGGUUUGUGCACAAAAAAGAAUAAAUGAGACAUUUCACGAUUCCUUAAAAGGCUAUUACUCAAGCAAGCAUUUCAAAAACCGAGGUCAAUAUGGCCAUGCCAGAAAAAUCAAUUUGUACCAAUCCAAGUGAGGAUUUCCGUAAUUUCCCUGAGAUUAUUGAACUUAAUGUAGGUGGUCAGGUUUAUAUAACUCGCUACCCUACUUUGGUCAGCAUUCCUGGUUCCCUGCUCUGGGAAAUGUUCAAUGAAAAGAAUCCUUGCUCCCUGAUCCAAGACAGCAAAGGAAGAUUCUUCAUAGAUCGAGAUGGUUUUCUCUUUCGCUAUGUGCUAGACUACAUGAGAGAUCUGCAAGUCAUUCUUCCUGACCAUUUUCCAGAGUGUGGUCGUCUCCAGAGGGAAGCAGAAUACUUCAAGUUGCCAGAACUGGUCAAGAUGUUGGCUCUUAAAAUAAACAAGCUCAACUCACCUGGCAAUGACCUAUGCCAAAGUGACCUAGAAGAGUUGUCUCCCAGCAUUGACACUGUGCUUAAUCUCUCUUCAAGUAAUACCAUCCCAAUUACUGGCCCUGAUAGCAACCUAGCUGUGAAAAUGGCCACUGGUUCUGAUCUCAAGAAGGCAGGCUUCAUCACAAUUGGUUAUCGAGGCUCUUAUACUCUGGGUCGGGAUAGUCAAACAGAUGCCAAAUUCCGCCGUGUGGCCCGAAUCAUGGUGUGUGGUAAGAUCUCACUGGCCAAAGAAGUGUUUGGAGAUACACUGAAUGAGAGCAGAGACCCUGAUCGUCCUCCUGAGCGAUAUACUUCACGUUACUACCUCAAGUUCACUUUUCUUGAACAAGCCUUUGACAAACUAGCUGAUGCUGGCUUCCACAUGGUAGCAUGCAACUCCACUGGCACCUGCACUGUGACACAUGACCAGACUGAUGACAAGAUCUGGACCUCUUACACUGAGUAUGUUUUCUAUCGUGAGUGAUGCUUUAAAAAAAAAAAUCACCCAGAAAAUACAAACCAAUAGACUACUUUUUUCUCUCUCUUUCUAUUCUCAUGCCAACUAUGUCCUUUAUAAAUGCACACAUUAAUCACUCUUAGGUGUUGAGUCUAAUUUGGAGCAAUGACACUCCCUUCACGAUAACCAGUAGAGCUUUUUUUUUUUUUUUGGUAUUGUCCUUCUUACAUGUCAUCCCAUUCUAUGUAUAUGGCUUCCAACCUCUCUUAGAUUGUGGAUGGAUGCAAUUGAAGGAAAAUAUUUGAUGUGUAGACAUAUGUACAUACACAUGACUCUAGAUAUACAAACAUAUUUUUUUGGUGAAGACAAAUUAAGUAGAACCACAAGAUUUAGUUGCUUGAGAAAUGCUGAGACAUCAUUUCCAAAGUGUUUCUUAGCACCAUAUUUUAAACUUGCUUACUACUCUGUGUUACUUGUAUUUCUGUAUUGCUCCUUCUGAGCUAGAGGUUACUAUAGGAAAUGUGAACGCAAUUUUUAAACUGUAAACACACACACACACACACACACUCACACACGCACACAUAUACACAUACACACGAAUUGCUAUCAUAUUAUCAGCCUGAGUGGAAAAAAUUGACAACAGCCUUCCAGGAGGUUCAAAGAACGGUCAAGUAAUUGUAAAAUUAUCAAUUACUUUUAAUAGAAAGUGAGUAAAGAGGGAGCAAUUAUGUAAGUAAUUAUUUCCAAGAAUAAAAAGCUUGACACUUAAAUUGCUUUUACUUAAAAAAGAUAGGGAAGAUGAGUAUCAUGGAUUUUACUCAGGCAUAAGCAUGCAUGCCAUUGUCAAAGACUAUCUUGAAGUAUCUGCUCUGUUCAUUAGAAUUGAAAUGAAAGCUUUUGUAGGCAAGGACAAGUAUAAGUAAAGACUGUUUUAUGCAAAUACAUAUAUAUUUUAGUUUUGUUUUCACUGAUCAAAUAAUUGGAUGGGUAUGUCUGCUGUUACCUUUUUCCUUAAUAAGAAGUGUGUCUUUUGUGUUUUCAUGUGUGUGUACACACACUAGCAUGUUUAUAAUCUGGGAGUGGAAGUGAAAGAAGAGGGGGAAAAAGGGAAGAGAACCAGAAAAAAUAAAUAAAUCAAAAUUCAUGUUCUGAAAUCCUUAUUGAUGACUUUUUAUUGCAUAGGUUGAAAGCAAAUACACUACUAUGAAGAUAUCAGGGCUUUUGAGAUAAAUGAUUGGAUUACUGGAGAGUGUGUGGCAAGUCAAGAUAAAGAGGCUUUGUGGGCUCAUUUUAGAGGAUUUUUAUCUCCUCUUUGAAUAGUUUUAAAACACCCAAUUGAUCAAAUAGCCUUCUCUUUCUUUUAUUCUUCCCUUUUUUU